CUGGCGCGUUAACGAGCCUGGGGCUGCACUGUCCGGUCCGAGCGCACCGAGUGGGAGGCGGCAACCUGCGUUGACAAUUAGACGGAGACUCCGUACAGUUGUUGUUUGUUCUGGUCGGUGGACGACAUCGGGGAGCCACAGGGGCAAAAAUGGAAAACGAGUUCAGGAGGAAGAUAAAGGAGAGAUUUGGCCUGAGGCGGGACAUCUUCAAGGAGUUCCUGGCGGAAUUUCUGGGAAUCUUUGUGCUGAUACUUUUUGGAUGUGGUUCAGUGGCCCAGACGGUGCUCAGUAGAGGGGCUCAGGGGGAGCCCCUCACCAUCCACAUCGGUUUCACCCUGGGAGUGAUGAUGGCCGUCUACAUGGCGGGGGGAGUGUCAGGAGCUCACGUCAACCCCGCCGUCUCUCUGGCCAUGCUGAUCCUGGGCAAGCUUCCGCUCAAGAAGUUCCCCGUCUACGUGUUGGCGCAGUUCCUGGGGGCGUUCGCUGGCUCGUGCGCCGUCUUCGGCUUUUAUUACGAUGCUUUCAUGGAUUACACUGAGGGAGAAUUUGCUGUGACUGGUGCAAAUGCCACCGCCAAGAUAUUUGCAUCGUAUCCUGAAAAGCAUCUCUCAGUCCUGAACGGGGUCGUCGACCAGGUAAUUGCCACCGCCGCUCUGGUCCUGUGCAUCCUGGCCAUCACCGACAGGAGGAACAUCGGCGCCCCAAAGGGCAUGGAGCCCUUGUGCAUCGGCCUGAUCAUCAUGGCCAUCGGCGUGUCCAUGGGGCUGAACUGCGGCUACCCCAUCAACCCGGCGCGGGACCUCGGGCCCCGCGUGUUCACGGCGGUGGCCGGCUGGGGCAUGGAGGUUUUCAGAGCCGGAGGCUGCUGGUGGUGGAUCCCCGUGGUGGGGCCUAUGGCGGGCGGGGCGGUCGGAGCAGCCGUUUACUUCGUCUUCGUCGAGCUGCACCACCCCGAGCCGGAAAAGCAGGAGGAGAACAACAUCCCAGACAAAUAUGAAAUGGUAACAAUGAGUUAAAAGACGAAAGGGGGGCGACGGGUGACGCGACCGGCACCCAAAUGAAACACGCAUGGAUGUUUAAUGAAGCCUUUAAAGCUCCUGUUUCGAAAAGCAGAGGUCUCGUGUUGAUAUAUUAAACUUAAAUAUUCUCCUUAAAAACUAUAACUCCACAAAAGCGCAACUUUGCAUGUAAAGUGUCCACCUCGCUCUAACUAUGCAGUAUCUCUGUGCUAACUGAUCAGCUACCCAAGUAUUUGUACGACAUUCUUGUUUUUACUACUCUCUACCUAACACAGGGACAUUUAAUACAGUAUAUGUAGUCAUUUACAUCAUAUUAAUGCGUUUUGUCUUUCUCAUCUCACCUUUUAAACAUGUUUGAAUCUUACCAGUGUCGCUGUAGCUUUUAUACACAAUGUAGGAAAUCCAGCCUUAAAUCAUUAAAAUCACCUCAUUUUUUCGGUUUUCACUAAUUUGUCACCUUUGAUAUUAAAAAGCCAUAACGCAGCAUAAAACAGUUACGUUUCCGCUUUCUGUGAAACAGAACUGUUUUCCAGGAUUUUCUUUUGGUAAAUUUCUUCAAAUGGCACACAGAAUCAGGGAAAACACUGGCUGUAACUGUUUACAUACAAACUCAUCUGACUGAGGCGAAGCGUGUAAUAAAAACUCAUUUCUGACGUAGUCCAGGUUAGCUUCCAAGUUCAACACUGGAACUCUGACGAGCACAGAGUGUUGCAAAGGGAACCAGGCUGUUUGGAAACGUGACGUGAAGGUGUUUUGUGAGGUUUGUAAUGUUUGUAGCCUGUGAGUGUGCAAAGACAAGCUUUUUGCAGACAUGAUGGUUUUCUGUAGAAGUUGGUCAUUGUCCUAUUUGGGUUCAAAGCAGCCUGACUUGAAUGUUUAAGGUUGUAGCUCUGCUCCAUCACCCAAACCUCCAGGUUAUUCUGUAGGAAAGACUCAUGGUGGCUGGUUGAAUCAGAGGCAGCGCCUAGAUUGGACUCAUGUGUUCAUGUUGGUGAAUUCUGGCCCUUUGGCUGCAAACAGUCCGACUUUGGUCACCGUACAUUCGUUCUCAAGAAGUGUUUUUCAGUAGCACUUUGAAUCUCAGGAGGCUCUUUGGUAAACUGUGCAUGCAUUUUAUUAUGUAUGAAAAUGCAUUACAAAGACACGACAAUCACUUAACUAAUAAUAUUUUUUUUUCUUAUGUCUUUUUGAAGAGAUCUUUUUGAAGCAGGUAAUGAAAUAAACUGGUUAUGAUGUGAGGUAAGUUAUUAAUGCCUACACAUUAUCCAUCCCUGAAGCCGCAUUUGCAUUCAACAUAUUUGCUGCAUGCGGCCUGUGACUAAAUGAGACUAAAUGAUUAAAGCUUUUACAUUAAAUAAAACUAACUUUUUAUUUUAACUUGCUUUUCCUGCUGUAGCUUCCUAACAACACACCUGUAUUUGUCUGAAACAGUUGUUUGUUUACGCUAUUUGUUGUGUUUUCAUGUUGAAUAAAGUUUGUUAAAAAUCA